AUGUCCUCGGAAUUCAUAAAAUUUCCUUCAAGACGGUCCACCGUCUACUCAUCCAAAGGAAUUGUUGCCUCGAGUCAAACACUAGCUUCGGCUGCAGGAAUCGAGGUUUUGGCCAAAGGCGGAAAUGCAGUGGACGCGGCCAUUGCAGUUUCUGCUGCGUUGUGUGUUACUGAACCCGGAUCCACGGGAGUCGGUGGCGACUGCUUUGUUCUUUUUUACAAAAAAGGCGACAAAAAAGUUCACGGUAUAGACGGGUGUGGCCGUUCUGCUCGCAAUGUUACGAUCCAGGACGUCUUGGAUGCCGAUUAUGGUGGUAAACAAAUGCACAGAAUCAAGCCAACAUCGAUCUUUUCGGUCACUGUGCCGGGUGCUAUUGCUGCUUGGGUAGAUGCUUUUGAGAAGUGGGGCUCGAGAAAAGUGCUGUUACAACAGGUGCUCGAUCCGGCAAUUAGACUCGCAGAUGAAGGCUUUCCUAUCGGGGAAAUAGCUUCGAGACUGUGGAGAAAAAGUGCUCCAAAAUUGCAGCUGCAGAACCAGGACUUGCUGGAAGACCAAAAUCCUCUUUUGAUCAACGGUAAGGGACCCAAUGAGGGAGAUUUCGUGCAAAACAAACCAUUGGCGAAACUUUUCUUGGCGGUUGCAAAAAACGGCAAAGAUGGCUUUUAUAAGGGUCCCGUGGCCGAGGCCAUUAUCAAGCGAACGACGUCCAAAAAUCAUAAACUCGAUGCAAAAGACUUGGAACUACAUGAAUCUACGGUUGUGGAUCCGAUUUCCAUAGUUUUUGAAAAUCACAAAGUUUGGGAAAUACCGCCCAGUGGCCAAGGUUUGGUGGCUCUUUUGGCGCUCGGAAUCAUACGAGAGCUCCACAACAGCGGCAAAAUCAACUUGCACGGGCUCAAACACAACUCGGCGGAAUACCUUCAUAUCUUGAUCGAAGCGUGCAAAAUGGGAUUCUACGAUUCUGAUGAGUAUGUCACCGACCCCAAAUUCCACGACAUCCCACUUGAACAGCUCCUUGACACUCCAUACUUAAAGUCGAGAGCAGAGCUCUUUUGCAAGGAAAAGUCGUUGGAUGGAACAACCAUGUCUCAUGGAAUUCCUGAUCCAAAACACAGAUCGGACACAGUUUACUUGACCACUUCAGACUCUGAAGGUAACGCUUGCAGCUUCAUCAACUCAGUUUACCAUGGAUUUGGAUCUGGCAUUGUAGUUCCCGAGUUUGGGUUCUCAUUGCAAAGCAGAGGAGCCAAUUUCAACUUGAAUAAAGGCACUCCAAAUUCAUUGGAAGGUGGAAAACGACCAUACCAUACGAUUAUUCCUUCGAUGAUAACCACCGAAAACGACGCCUUGUACGCAAGCUUUGGUAACAUGGGUGGAUACAUGCAACCAGUGGGCCAUGUCCAGCAUGUAUUGAAUAUGGUCUUGUUCAACAUGACUCCACAGCAGCUGAUAGACCUGCCUAGAUUUUGUCUUUGCUCACAUGAGGACGUCACUAGUGACCGCGGACGAGGCUCGGAUGGUCCUGUAAGCACUCCAAUCACCGUUGUGGCAUUGGAAGAAGGCAUUGACGAAAAAGUGGGAAACUCUCUUGAAAAAUUGGGCCAUACGGUGCAGUUUGUAAGCGAUUACGAUCGCCAUCUUUUCGGAAGAGCACAAAUCAUCAAAAACAUUUCAACAGACGGCAGGGUGAUGUAUGCGGCUGGCUCGGAAAUGAGAGCUGAUGGUGCAGCCAUUCCAUUUGUAUAG